AUUCGUAACGAAAACCACAGGACAAAACUGUAUUAUCAUGCAUAGGUGUUUUGGUGUGGCUACUUUGAAUUAUUAACAACGGGACGAAAUUUACAAUGUGACAAGAAAAAACAAUAGCAUAUAAUGUUAAGAUAUCAUGUUCGAGUGCAAGUAUUUGUAUAACCUAAAAAAGAUUGUUUGGCCGCCUUAAAAAGACAAUAAUGAUGGAAUACGAAUACACGUCGUUUCGUAAAGAAGUAGACUCUCAUAAUAAGUGCUGCGGGGGUAUGCUGUGGUGUAUUAAAGAUAUAUGUGGUAUAAUAUGUGCGAUUCUUACAUGGUUACUUAUAUUAUAUGCAGAGUUCGUAGUGAUGUCAGUUAUUCUCAUUCCAAGCCCAUAUCCUUAUUACAGUAUUUUCAAUAUUAUAAUUUUUCAAAUAUGCGCCUUUCUGGCAUUCACAUCACAUUUAAAGACAAUGUUUACUGACCCAGGUGCAGUUCCGAAAGGAAACGCAACCAAGGAGAUGAUUAAGCAGAUGGGAUUUAGAGAAGGACAAGUGAUAUUUAAGUGCCCCAAAUGUUGCAGUAUUAAGCCAGACAGAGCUCAUCACUGUUCUGUUUGUCAAAGAUGCAUUAGAAAAAUGGACCAUCACUGUCCUUGGGUCAAUAACUGUGUGGGAGAAAAUAAUCAAAAAUACUUUGUUUUAUUUACACUUUACAUCGCAACAAUAUCUCUACACUCCCUCUUCCUAGCUGUAAAUCAAUUCCUAACAUGUAUCAAACAUGAAUGGAAGGAAUGCACUACGUAUUCACCGCCGGCUACAGUAAUUUUGUUACUGUUUUUGGUAUUCGAGGCACUUCUAUUUGCUAUAUUCACUAUAGUCAUGUUGGGAACUCAGGUGCAGGCAAUAUGGAACGAUGAGACUGGCAUCGAACAACUUAAAAAGGAGGAGGCUAGAUGGGUUAAGAGGUCACGGUGGAAAAAUAUACAAGUUGUGUUCGGCAAAUUUUCAUUAUUAUGGUUUUCACCUUUUGCAAAACCAGUCCCUAAGUAUAAGAAUGAAAGUGAUUUGUACUCUGUAUAAUUUAUUUAUUGUUUAAUUUUAAUUUUUAAAUUAUUAAUAGAGCUUUUUACCAAUU